AUGUUGCCUGCAACGUUCAAACUGUGUGCUGGCAUUUCUUACAGGCACAUGAGAAACAUGACAGGUUUGAGGAAGAACGCAAUGAUUGCAAUCCACCAUGAGUUGAACAAGCUUUCUGGACCUGGACCCAGUGCCUGGAUUCAUCACAUCAGAAGAAGGAGCUCCCUGCUUAGCAGCCGGAUUGCAGAGGAACCAUACAGUGACGCUGAGCAGUGUUAUGUGCAGCAGGGACAGGAAGCUCUGCAGAAGUCCAUCAGCAUCCUCAGUGACCAAGAUGGAUGGCAAACUGAGAUUGAGAGUGCAAAUGGGGAUAAGGUGCUGAGUAAAGUAUUACCAGACAUUGGGAAGGUUUUUAAGUUGGAGGUGGUUCUGGAACAGCAAACAGAUGAUCUGUAUGAAGAGCUGGUAGAUAACAUGGAACAAAUGGGAGAGUGGAACCCCAAUGUCAAACAAGUCAAGAUACUUCAGAAAAUUGGUCAGAAUACUAUGAUAACACAUGAGGUUUCGGCAGAAAUGCCUGGGAAUGUGGUGGGCCCAAGAGACUUUGUAAGUGUCCGUUGUGCCAAGCGCAGGGGAUCUACGUGCUUCCUGGCAGGGAUGUCCACUCAACACGCUGGAAUGCCUGAGCAGAAAGGGUUUGUGAGAGCUGAGAAUGGACCCACCUGUAUUGUGAUGCGACCAAGUGCAGAUGAUCCCAACAAGACAAAGUUUACCUGGUUGCUCAGUUUAGACCUUAAGGGUUGGAUCCCAAAGACCGUCAUCAACCGCGUACUCUCGCAGACCCAGGUGGAUUUUGCAAACCAUCUCAGGCACAGAAUGGCAUCCAAUGUCAGUAUGGACGCAGCCAUCGCCUGCUAAUAUUCACACUCAUACCUUAAAAUCACUGAUGACAACCAUGGCAAACUUCUUUCAGGGUCGAGCUCUAUCUAUUCAAAACCACCACACCCAUUCUUAGGAACAGCCAGCGCUUGUAAAAUAUUGAAGACACUUCAAGUACAGCCUAACUGCAAGAUCCCACAACAGACAAUUUCCUGAGAUACAAAGUUGAUAUGGUUGAACAAAGUGGUGUGAAUCCAUGAAAUAGAAUAGCUGUGUCAACAAGUAAUGCUGUUAACAAGUUUUUGAAUGCACAGAAUGGUUAUAACUCAGUAAACAGUUUUCAUUUCAACCAGAAUGUUCAGUAAAUUCAGAUCAGUGAAAGUCAGUCUAGUUCCACUGUGAGCUCCAAUAUGUGACUCACACUUCCUUUCGCUCAUUUAUAUGCUUCUGCAUUUUCAAUGCAAAACACUCCUCAACUCACUAUUAUUCUUGGGCUGUUAUUCUAGUUCCAGUUUUAUCAUUGUUUGUAAAAAAAUAUUUAUUUUAAGUUAAUAUUAUUGCA